AAAAACUCAAAUCCUUAUUUUCUCAACUCAACCUUCUAUUUUUAUCUACCCUUCUUUUCAUUCACAAAAAAAUGACUCUUACAUUACGUUCUACAAAUCUAUUCCUCAAAGAUCUCAGAAGAUUAAAACCUUCUGAAGAUAUCCCAAGUAUGAUACAUAUUGCACGAAUCAAAUCUUCGUAUGGUAUUCGUGCAAUAAGUUCUCUACAAGCAGAUUAUUUCACAGCUGAAAAAGUUUUAACCUUAGAAAGCAGAAAUAAUGAGAAAUGGGAGAAACUACAUGAAUUAGCAACCCCACAUCACACGAACGAAACACGGGUGCCUGUGUACGUGAUGUUGCCGUUAGAUACUAUAUCUGCUGCUGGAACAUUAAAUAAGCCAAGGGCGAUGAAUGCAAGUAUUAUGGCACUAAAAACUGCUGGUGUUGAAGGUGUAAUGGUGGAUGUUUGGUGGGGAUUGGUCGAGAAAGAUGGGCCUUUUAAGUAUAACUGGGAUGGUUAUGUCGAGUUGGUGGAGAUGGUACAAAGGCAUGGUCUAAAGCUUCAAGCUGUAAUGUCUUUCCAUCAAUGUGGAGGAAACGUAGGAGAUUCUUGCAGUAUCCCUUUACCGCCAUGGGUACUAGAAGAAAUGAACAAGAAUCCAGACCUUGUUUACACAGACAGAUCUGGAAGGAGGAAUCCAGAAUAUAUUUCCUUGGGCUGUGAUUCAUUGGCAGUACUGAGAGGAAGAACACCAAUUCAAGUCUACUCGGACUACAUGAGAAGCUUCCGUGACAAAUUUAGAGAUUAUUUGGGAAAAGUUAUUGUGGAAAUUCAAGUAGGGAUGGGACCAUGUGGGGAGCUAAGAUAUCCAUCUUACCCAGAAAGCAAUGGCACUUGGAGAUUUCCAGGGAUUGGAGAGUUUCAAUGCUAUGAUAAGUAUAUGAAAGCGUCAUUGCAAGCAGCAGCCGAGACAAUUGGACAGCCAGAAUGGGGAAGAAGUGGGCCACAUGAUUCAGGGCAGUAUAAACAGUUUCCAGAAGAUACUGGAUUCUUUCAAAGAGAUGGAACAUGGAAUACACCUUACGGACAGUUCUUCCUAGAAUGGUACAGCAGGAAACUAAUUGAGCAUGGUGAGACCAUCCUUACAGCUGCAAAUGCCAUAUUUAAAGAAACCGGUGCAAAACUGUCUGGGAAAGUAGCAGGAAUCCACUGGCAUUACAAAACAAGAUCACACGCAGCUGAAUUGACAGCAGGAUAUUAUAACACAAGAGAUCGAGAUGGAUACUUACCGAUUGCUAGAAUGUUCGCUAAGAAUGGAGUUGUGUUCAACUUUACAUGCAUGGAAAUGAAGGAUCGGGAACAACCCGAUCACUGCUCCCCUGAAGGUUUGGUGCAGCAAGUGAAAAUGGCGACUCGAACAGCAGAGGUAGAACUCGCUGGAGAAAAUGCUUUGGAGAGAUACGAUGCAGGUGCAUAUGGACAGGUUUUAGCAACCAGCAAGUCACAGUCAGGAAGUGGAUUGAGUGCAUUCACAUAUUUGAGGAUGAAUAAAAGAUUGUUUGAAGGAGAUAGCUGGAGGCAUUUCGUAGAGUUUGUUAAAAGCAUGUCCGAAGGUGGUCGAAGUCGUAGACUUUCGGCAAGUGACUCGAGCGGGACAGACCUUUAUGUAGGAUUAAUAAAAGAGAAGAGCAGUCAGAAGGAGGAGGUUGUUCUUGUAUAAAAUGUAUACACAUUAUACAGUGCUAUGUAAUUAGCUCAAACUUGUUUACUCUUGUACAGAUUACAAUGAGAGGGUAAAUACGAAGUUAGUAGUAUAGAGCAGGAUCAACACUAUAUAUAUGCGUGCCUAUUUCAAGGCAAAUGAGUAAUAUAAAUAAGAAAAAAGAAUUGUUUAAUCCA